CACGGAAGUGACGGAAUGGGGCCGAGCCAUGAGCAGGAUGUGACGUUUUAUCCGCUGGCCGCACGAGCCGCGGCAGCCUCGCCCCGAGCACGCGGAGCAGCCAUGGCGCCGGGCGGGCAGGCGGGCGGCAGCGGCGGCCCCGGGUCCCCCCGCGAGGGGCUGCGGGACUGGGUCCGGAGCGCCUGCCGCUUCGCCGCCGACAGGAGCGACUUCCGCAGAAACCUCAUAGUUAACCUGGGGCUUUUUGCUGCCGGAGUCUGGGUAGCCCGAAACUUGACAGACAUUGAUUUGAUGGCUCCUCAACCAGUUGCAUAGCAGUACUAAUGUGAAUAAAAUGUACCUGCAUCAAGUCUGAAGAGCUUCUAAUCUCAGUGUGACAGGAUGACCAAAAUGAUGAUCAGAAGAGCUGUGUGGUGUUUGUUGCUUUUGUUCUAGGUAACUGAAAGUUCAGCAGCAGCUCUAAAAUUGUAUUUUAAUUCAAGCAUAGCUAUCAUUCCACAAUGAACAGUGAUAAGUGAGGAGAAGCCAUUUAACGCUUGAUGUUUGUUGUAUAUUCAGUUCACCCCACUGAGCUCAAUGUCUAUUAAAGUAAUCAGUUAUAUUUUCAAGACUUGUGAAGCUGUUGCAUAUUGAGUUUAAUUCUGUACCAUGUCUAGAAGCUUCUUAUUAAAUUAU